AUGGUCCAUACAUCACACACGCCGGGAAGAGGUGCGGGGCAGAGCGGCGGGAGAGCCCCCGGCCCGGGCGCUCUCCAGGGUCCUGCACCGCCCCAGCGGGUGCCGCCCCGCACCCGGGCACCGCCACCGCCCCCGGGAAACCGCACCGGGAAACGGUAUCGCACUGGAAGCAUCAGUACUCUUGAUUCCUUAGAUUUUGCAAGAUAUUCUGAUGAUGGCACUAGGGAAACAGACGAAAGAGUAGCAGUCCUGGAGUUUGAACUGCGGAAAGCCAAGGAGACCAUACAGGCCCUCCGAGCCAACCUGACUCAGGCUGCAGAAAAUGAAGUUCCUUUGCAGGAACGAAAAAAUUAUAAAUCCAGUCCUGAAAUUCAGGAGCCAAUCAGACCUCUUGAGAAAAGAGCUCUAAACUUCCUAGUUAAUGAAUUUUUAUUGAAGAAUAGUUACAAGCUUACAUCUAUAACAUUUUCAGAUGAAAAUCACGAUCAGGAUUUUGAACUCUGGGAUGAUGUAGGAUUGAACAUUCCAAAACCUCCUGACCUGUUACAACUCUAUCGUGACUUUGGAAACCACCAUGUUACUGCAAGAGAUGUGGUGGAUGUAUCAGUUGGUGUAGAAGAUGAUGAGUUGGAGGCUGCCACUCCUGUACUUGGGACCGUUCCUGUGUUUGAAACAACACCACAGUCAAUAGAACAAUGUUUAAUAGUGCAAAAAUUAGAAGAUCAAAUUAGUGUGUUAAACAAUGAGAAAUGGUCUUUGAUGGAACAAAUCCAAAGACUUGAGAGUGAAAUAGAUUUGCUCAAGAAUGAAAACUUUGCUGUGUCAACAGUUUAUGGUGUAGCUCCCCACCCUUCUUUAAAACAAGUGCCUCUCACAGUCUCAGAGGACAAUGGACGGUACUUGGAUAUGAAGAGCUCUGAGAAUGACAAACAUGGAAACACUGAGGAGACAAGCCUGUCUUUAUCAGCUGAUGUGGAUUCAAGGACUUCUAAAGAUGAUACGCUAAAUUCUGUGCCCUGUAAAGAAAAAGAGAAACUGUCCUCUUGUGCCCCAUUAACUAAAUCUACGGUCCACUUUGAUAAACCUAAUAGGAAAUUGUCACCAGCUUUCCAUCAAGCACUACUGUCUUUCUGUCGGAUGUCAGCAGACAGCCGUUUGGGAUCAGAGGUGUCUCGGAUUGCAGAUAGUGAAAAAAGUGUCAUGUUAAUGUUGGGACGCUGCCUGCCUCAUAUUGUUCCUAAUGUUCUGCUUGCGAAGAGAGAGGAAUUGAUCCCACUCAUACUGUGUACAGCCUGCCUCCAUCCUGAACCCAAAGAGAGAGAUCAGCUUCUACACAUACUGUUCAAUUUGAUCAAACGACCAGAUGAUGAGCAAAGACAGAUGAUACUGACUGGGUGUGUGGCAUUUGCCCGGCAUGUUGGACCAACACGUGUAGAAGCUGAGCUUUUACCACAGUGUUGGGAACAGAUCAACCACAAAUACCCAGAGAGGCGGCUACUGGUAGCAGAAUCCUGUGGAGCUCUAGCACCUUACCUUCCAAAAGAAAUUCGUAGUUCAUUAGUACUUUCCAUGCUGCAGCAAAUGCUAAUGGAAGAUAAGGCAGAUUUGGUACGAGAAGCUGUGAUCAGAAGCCUUGGAAUCAUUAUGGGAUAUAUUGAUGACCCAGACAAAUAUCAACAGGGUUUUGAACUACUGCUUUCAGCUUUAGGAGACCCUUCAGAACGUGUAGUUAGUGCUACACAUCAGGUAUUUUUACCUGCUUAUGCUGCCUGGACAACAGAACUGGGAAAUUUGCAAUUCCAUCUUAUACCUACGCUGCUUAAUAAAAUUGAAAAAUUGCUCAGGGAAGGAGAACAUGGCUUGGAUGAACAUAAGCUCCACAUGUAUCUGUCUGCUCUGCAGUCAUUGAUCCCUUCGCUGUUUGCACUGGUGCUACAGAAUGCACCUUUCACAAGCAAGGCUAAACUUCAGGGAGAAGUUCCACAAAUAGAAGUCACUAGAUUUCCCCGACCCGUAUCACCUCUUCAGGAUGUGGCCAUCAUCAUUGGAAGCCGUGAACAAUUAGCAGUGUUGUUGCAACUCUAUGAUUAUCAGCUAGAACAUGAAGGUACCACAGGCUGGGAGACGCUACUAUGGGUAGUCAACCAACUGUUACCACAGCUUAUAGAAAUAGUUGGCAAGAUCAAUGUAGCAUCAACUGCCUGUGUCCAUGAGUUCUCUAGAUUCUUCUGGAGACUUUGUAGGACAUUUGGGAAAAUUUUUACAAACACUAAGGUAAAACCACAGUUCCAGGAAAUCUUAAGACUCUCUGAGGAAAAUAUAGAUUCCACUGCAGGUAACGGAGUGCUAACAAAAGCCACAGUUCCCAUCUAUGCAACAGGGGUCCUUACAUGUUAUAUUCAGGAAGAAGACCGCAAGCUAUUAGUGGGAUUCUUGGAAGAUGUCAUGACCAUGCUUUCACUCUCCCAUGCUCCUCUUGAUAGCCUGAAAGCUUCUUUUGUGGAACUGGGUGCAAACCCAGCUUAUCAUGAGCUGCUAUUAACUGUCUUAUGGUAUGGAGUUGUCCAUACUUCUGCUCUUGUUCGAUGUACAGCUGCUAGAAUGUUUGAGCUGACUCUUCGAGGCAUGAGUGAAGCCUUAAUUGACAAGCGGGUUGCUCCGGCCCUUGUUACCUUGUCCAGUGAUCCUGAAUUUUCAGUAAGGAUUGCAACAAUUCCUGCUUUUGGGACCAUCAUGGAAACUGUUACUCAGAGAGAGCUUCUGGAAAGAGUAAAAAUGCAGCUGGCAUCUUUCCUGGAGGACCCUCAGUAUCAAGAUCAACAUUCUCUACAUACAGAAAUCAUAAAAACGUUUGGAAGAGUUGGACCUAAUGCUGAGCCCAGAUUUAGAGAUGAAUUUGUUAUUCCACACUUGCACAAGCUAGCCUUGGUCAACAACCAGCAGUCUGUGGAUUCGAAGAGACUGGAUAUUGCUACACACCUGUUUGAAUCCUAUAGUGCUCUUUCCUGUUGUUUUAUUUCAGAGGAUCUAAUGGUCAAUCACUUUUUACCAGGACUGAAGUGUUUACGAACUGACAUGGAACAUCUCUCACCAGAGCACGAGGUUAUUUUAAGCUCCAUGAUAAAAGAGUGUGAACAGAAAGUGGAAAACAAGACCGUCCAAGAACCACAGGGCUCCAUGUCGAUUGCAGCAAGCCUUGUCAGUGAAGAUACCAAGACCAAGUUUCUGAACAAAAUGGGCCAGCUGACUACAUCAGGUGCAAUGUUGGCUAACGUGUUUCAGAGGAAGAAGUAAGGGGAAAAGGAACUCCCAGCUAACACUAAGAUGGACCUCACAGAGACUGGUUCCUGUACUUGAAGUACUUGCCUUUUAAUUUCUUCUGUCUUAUGUUCUUGUAGUAUAAUUUUAUUCUAACCUCCAAAGAUAUUUGCACUGCUUUUGAAUAUCGUUGUGUAUCUGUUAAUUUUGGGUUAACUGUGGUUGAUAUCAAACUGAAAUCAUAGUCUGUACCAAGUCCCUGUUCUGUGUUCUUGUCUUUCCAGCAUAAUUUUUUCUAUAUAGUGGAAGGUUUUUUUUUUAUUUUCUGACAGGAUAUCAGCAAAUAUCUGUAUUAUACAUGGAGCUAUUACGAUGGUACUUAAAAUAAUGUAAAUUUGAAGUCAUUGUCAUGAAGUAAUAAAAGUGGAGAUUACUUAUGUAUUUAAAUUAUGAAAGAGUAAUGCAAAUUUUUUAUUAUGUUUCUAAAAAAGAAGAGGAAGAGCCACCAGCAUUUGUCUGUGCUUCUAGGGUUGUUUUUGUAAGUAUUGUGCAUCUUGAAUCCAGAGGAAUGGCAGUAUCUAAUGUAUGAGACUGCUUGUGCUGCAUCAGUCUGCAGGGAAUGCUCAUGUUUCAGAUGCUUUAUGCUGACAUUGUAAAUGCUGUACAAAGUCCUUCAGAUAUAAUUCUCACAUCUGU